CUUGCCCAGCAGCCUGGCUGGAUCCAGUUCACGUUAGUUAAGCUGGAAAACGCAGCUUGUUUCAACAUACGCUCAGACUUUUCUUUGCAGCUAGCCAGUUAUGUACUAACUUGACUGGAAUCAUGACACAAUUCUGCUCUGCUGCAUUAGUCCAGCUGUUGUGCACCAUGGUUGUGCUGUUCAAUGUGACUCUGUCAGUGGAGCAUGUACCUGUGCUGCUUUGGUCAACUUGGAGAUUACAGUGGAAUCCAGACACUGCUUUGCAUGAGGGACACAUUGUCUCAACACAGGAGCUGGCUGUACUCUUGCAACCUGUUUUUACCCAGAAUUCCAAAAACCUAGUCUUGCUUGUUCAAGAUACGCUAAGCGUAGAUGAUUUCACAUAUUACAGUGAACCCUAUGGUAACAAGAAGCCAUUUCAAAAUGUUCAGGAAAUUCUUCAGUCAUCUCCUUCAUCUUUAGUUUUGCCUGCUGUUGACUGCAGGGCUAUCCGUUAUCUUUUGGGCUUUCUUCAGGAGUCAGCAGAUUGGAAGUUAACAAACAUAACUAAUCUUGAUGUCUCUCAACUAGAAGUGAAUACAUCUAAACCAAACUUAUUUGUGGUACAACUACAACCGUUUAUCAGUAACUUAAAUGAUGUUUCCACCCUGGAAGCAAUUGCUGAAAAUGAUAAAAUAAUUGGAAGACUGAUCAUGGGUCUACAGGAACAAGAGAUUCAUUUUUCAGUAAUUUAUACUGCAGUGAGACCUUCAAGGAUUUCUAGAAGAAGUGAUGUGGCAUGGAAAUUAAGACGACAAUUAAUGGCCACUGAGGAAGAAGACAGUUCGUCAUAUCCUCCACUGAAUGUGACCAAUGGAAAUUAUACAUGCAUCCUUUUUUAUGCUAGUAAUUUCAGCCUCCAGGCCAACGAUUCACUUUUUAUAGAUUUGACGAAUAUAACAUUUGUAAACCAGAAUGUGGACAUUUCCUCCUCUGAGUGCUCAGACACCAACACGACACUGUCAUUAAAAUACACAAAUCCAGUGAGUGAAAUCAACAGCCUGGAGAUAAGAUUUUUAAUGACCAACAUGUUCUAUGAAGUCUCAGCUAGAAAUUGGUCCACUUUAGAGUUGGUUGAGAUUGUACAAGAUGAUGAAAAGUUGGCUAAGUUUAACGUUUCUGUCAUCUCUGCUCCUGCAGAGUAUUCAUUUCAUUGUCAGCUGGUGGGAACAAGCAAUCUCUAUCCUGCAAAGCUGAUUCCAUCCAACGAUGAAGCAAAAAACUGGGAUGUUUUCAUUUCCAGGUUCCAAAUUCAAGGCUUCAACAUCGAAAACGGUCAAUUUUCCUAUGCAAGUGACUGUACAAGUUUCUUCACUCCUGGAAUCUGGAUGGGCCUGGUGACCUCUGUGGUUCUGCUGUGGAUCCUGGCCUAUGGAAUCCACAUGAUCAUGCAGCUAACAACAAACAGUAGAUUUGACGAUCCCAAAGGUCCAGCUCUGUCAGUUCCUCAGACAGAAUAGGAGUGGAUUGAGUUAAUGCCUCUUUAGCUUUUCCUAGUCUGAUAUUUACAGUUUUAUAACCUCUCUACUUUAGAAUAAAUAUAACCUAAAGAGAUAUGAUAGCAGAAAGGGAUAAUUAAACUAGAUAUAAAAGGAUCCUUUUGCUUGGCAAAAAUAAUAGUUCUAUGUGCUAUUACCUCAGUUUGUUAAUAGUUAUCUUUGUUAAAGCUCUGAGAUGAGACCAUAGAAGUUAUUACUCUGUCCAGCUAUUAGAAAGACCAGUAAGAACUUCUAUCAGAUUAAAUAUUGUUGGCAAAGAAAGGAUAUCACAACAGAAAUACACUGGAAGAAUUUAUAAAUAAUUUAUUCAGUAAGACUAUAUAUAGAAACCACUGAAGUCUCUUUAAAUGAUCUUUAAUAAGCAUAGCAUGUUAAUGCUACAACUUAAGAAGCCUGAACUGUGUCUUCUUGUCAGGUUUUCUCCUGAAAAAAUCAUCCAGAAAUGUAGAGAACUAAUAAAGUACAAGUUACUAAACCGAA